UCCUCAGGAUUGGUUGUCGCGUCCGCGCUGCGGUGUACAUAGUUCGCUGUGACGUUUAUUUUUGUUUUGGUUUGUUGUGUUUCACAUUUUUAUCGCGUGAAUAUCGACAGUUUAUUUCGAAGUGAAUGUUCGUCAUCUAUUGAUCAUAAUUUUCAGUGCAAUUAUUGUGUGUUUUAACAGUGCUACAAUGAAGUUCUUUAUUUGUGAUAGUGUUGAGUAGGCCUUGAAUAGUGAAAUCACCCUCGGGCAACCUGUUCCGUAGGAUAAUUAAAUCGCAGGGGGAAAAUGAACCCUGAAAUGGCGAUGGUGGCCCGGCGCAACGAGGAGGUGGAAACCUUGCGCGGGGUCAUCCAGCAAUGGAACGCCAACAGAUUGGACCUCUUCGAGCUUUCCGAACCAAAUGAGUAUUUGGUGUUCCACGGGGUAAUGCGUUUCUACUUCCAAGAUUCAGGGCAGAAAGUAGCUACCAAAUGUAUUCGCGUUGCAUCCGACGCAACAUCACAAGAUGUAAUCGAAACACUCAUUGAAAAGUUUCGUCCGGAUAUGCGAAUGUUAUCUGUCCCAGAGUAUGCUCUCUACGAAAUCCAUGAAAAUGGGGGUAGCUCUGGAAGCAAAUACCAUGAGCGAAGACUGGAUGUAACGGAGAAGCCAUUGUUAGUCCAACUUAACUGGCACAAGGACGAUCGGGAGGGGCGGUUCCUGCUUCGGAGGAUAGAUGACACAACCAAUGUGCCAGCUGGAACGUUUCAAGAAAGUGGCUCAAGUUUCCGCAGAAAAUUAUCCAAACGAGAAAAGAAGCAGCUGAAAAAACAGGAAAAGUUGAACCGAGUAAAAAGCACGGGCAGCUCUACCACAGUCACCGAUGAAAAUGAUUCCGGAGUCGCUGAAAAAUUAUACACAGAGCUGCCGGAGACCAGUUUCACCAGGUCAAUAUCGAAUCCUGAAGCUGUGAUGCGGAGACGAAGACAGCAGAAGUUGGAAAGAAAACUGCAGCAAUUUCGAAGUAAAGAUGGUGGUCCUGACACUGGUGGUACCUUAAGAAUUUAUGGUGAAUCACUGUGCAAAGAUGUUCCGUACAAAACGUUGUUACUCUCCGUACGGGACUCUGCAGCAGCUGUGGUUCGUGAAAUGUUAGCAAAAUAUGGUCUCGAUAAAGAAGAUCCUCAUAAUUACUGCCUUGUUCAAGUGAACAAUGCAAUACCUCUAGAAAAUUCAACAAAUACAAAUGGAGCAUCUGUACCUGGCGAAAACAACAACAACCGAGAAUAUAUUUUAGAUGAUGAUGAAUGUCCUUUGGCUAUUCUGAUGAAUCAUCCCCAGUCAAGAGGUUCAAUAAUGUUCCACGUUCGGAGGCGGCCGGCAGACUACCACCCGCGAAAAAGAAAGAAAAAACCGCAGCAGAAAUGGAACCACCACAGCCCUAAUAACGAGCUCCUGGACUACCGCUACGAGGAUGCCUUCGAUCGGUUACCUUUCUUCCUAGAACUCAACCCCGACGGUAGUGAUAUCGCAAAUGGAACUCCAAAGAGACACAAACUUCAUCCGAACGUAACGGAAGUUGGAAAUGAGCGGGCAUCUCCGCAUAGUCAGUCACAAUUUCUUCAAUUAUUCGGACCAAAUAUACAGCCUAGGCAUUGUGUGAUAGCUCAUACGGAAGGUAUUGUCACAGUGACGCCUUGCAGUAGAGAUGCUGAGACGUAUGUUAACGGACAGAGAAUCUACGAAACAACAAUUUUACAUAAUGGAGCAAUAGUUAAAUUUGGACGAAUCCACAAUUUUCGAUUUUUGGAUCCUUGUUACGAAGAAAGGACAAGGCAGAGAUUAGAUUCUUCAAGGAGCAUUCAUGAUUAUUCUUACGAUAGGCAAUCAUCGCGAGAAGAUACCAGUAGCAUAGCAAGUCCUGACAAUAGGAGCGCAUCUGUUCAAAACCUCGACACCCCUACAUCAAAUCCACCCCACAAUUCUACAGCACAAAAUUAUGAAACCACUUUCGAUAUUGAUGGCAACGUUGAAACGAGGUCAACAUCGAGUCAAGGCAAUAAAGAUGACAAUAGGUCUCAAAGAUCUGUCAGUAGUAGCAGAGAAGGAAACAGGUUAUCAAAUAACUACGAUAGGUAUCCAAGAGGUUCAGAUGCUAUCUUACCGGCUGUGUUAGAAAUUAGGGAAGAAACAGAAGAAGCCUUAUUACAUGCUUUAAUAACAUACUUUGAGCCAACAUCACCAAAUUUCAUAUUAGCACCAGCUUACACGCUUUAUCUAGUCGCUCGCUUCCGAGCGUCAACACAUUACCGGCCAGAACUUACGCCAACGGAACGUGCUCAUAAACUUACUCUAAUGCUAGCCAAAGUAGCCGCUAUGAUCCAUAAUAUUAUUCAAGAGCAAUAUUGUGACGUUAAGUCAUUGGCCUUAUGGCUUGCAAAUUCUUCCGAGCUCCUUCAUUUCCUGAAAAUGGAUCGACAUAUCUCUGCUUUCUCUCUUGAAGCGCAGGAUACCCUCUCUGAUGCUGUACAAAUUUCCUUCAGACAUUUGGUCUCUUGUCUGCAAAAUGAACUAGCAACUGCUUUGCCCAACUUUUUAUUAGACCAUGAUGAUCUCAAUCAUGAAUCGGAUGACUCAGCUACAUCAUCUGUGCUGAGUAUUCUCGCUUCAGCAAUGGCUCUUCAAAGGAGAUGCCGUGUCAAUGCCGCGCUUACCAUUCAAUUGUUCUCUCAACUCUUUCAUUACAUCAAUGUUUGGUUAUUCAAUAGAAUUGUAGCUCCCAAUUCAACGUAUUGCACCAGGGUGUGGGGCGCUAGGCUAAAACAUCGUUUGGGACAGAUUGAAAUUUGGGCUGAAAGACAGGGACUGGAACUAGCGGCCAACUGUCAUUUAGCUCUAAUCAAACAGGCAGCUCAUCUACUACAGGCUCCUAAAUACACAGCAGAAGAUCUAUCAACACUUAGUCCAGCAUGUUUCAAAUUAAAUUCCUUGCAGCUGAGGGCACUGUUUCAGAAAUACCAACCAACGCCUUAUGAAGGAAGGCUGCCCCAUGAUCUCAUCGACAAUGUGGUGAGGGUGGCAGAAAAUCUUGCUGAUGAACUAGCAAGGUCAGAUGGACGAGAGGUGAAGCUUGAAGAAGACGCUGAUUUACUGAACACCACAUUCCUAGUCCCAGACGAAGGUUAUACGUGUGAAGUAAUUCGUGGAGUGCCACCUGGGUUAAUUGAAACCUUAGCUCCUUUCCAGCAUGCUGGUUUAUGCAGAUUAUCGGCACAACCUGCGUCCAAUGGACUAUGGACAGUUUAUAUGAAUGUCAAUCCAAUGCAAGGAUCAAUGGCAAGGAGUCCCAGUGCAAUGAGCAAUAGGUCAGGUCGGUUCAUGCCAACGCAGCAAGAGCCUGACAUUCAAAUAAUCAAGUUACACAAAUCCAAUAAUGGAAUGGGCCUCAGUAUUGUUGCCGCUAAGGGAGCUGGACAAGAUAGACUAGGGAUUUACAUAAAAUCAGUUGUCAAAGGUGGUGCUGCCGAUGCAGAUGGAAGACUUCAAGCUGGAGAUCAGUUGCUGAAGGUUGAUGGUCAAAGCUUAGUCGGCAUCACACAAGAAAAAGCUGCCGAGUAUUUAGUCAAAACCGGACCAACAGUGACUUUGGAAGUUGCGAAACAAGGUGCAAUCUAUUACGGCCUAGCCACACUACUCUCCCAGCCUUCGCCCGUCAUGAGUAGAGCGGGCCCACGCAGGAUGAGCGAACGGGAUUUACCUUCCCGAGUUCUCACAGAACAAUCUCAGAAUACUCGCGGGCAGCUUCCACCUCACGUGCCCCAGAUCCACAGUUCGAAAUCAGUCCCUUCCCUACACAGUGCUAAUAAUGAAGUGCCUCCCAUACCUAGAUCCAACCAAGAAGCAUUUAAUCAAGGGUACACCCGCACAUCCUCUACCAAUAGUAUUCCGCAAUCAAGAACUUUGCGGUCGAGGUCGAGCCAGAAUCUGAAUGACUCUCGAUCAAUGAACAAUGCCUACCCUCAGGGGCACCCACCAAACAACGUAGGAAUGCCGCAUCACCAGCAGUUGACUCCCAACUAUCCACCUGUGCACUCGCCCCAACAGCAGUACACUCCCAACUAUCCUCACAGUCCUCCUCAUCCAGUCGGACACCCUCCUAAUCAUCCGAUGAAUCACUCGGGACAUUACGGAGGUCAUAUGCCAGGUCACCCUCAACAACAGUAUACUCCAAACUACCCUCAAAAUCCUGCUGGAACUCCGCAGGGUCAUACGCCCAACUACCCUCACAGUCCACCGGGACCUCCCCCUCAACAAUACUCAGCAUCAAUAUAUGCGCAGAGUCCUCCUGCUCAUCCGCCAAGCCACCUGUCGGCUCAGCAUUCUCUGAACCAAUCUUCCCAGGAAAACGGAGAACGCUUCUAUCAGAACUUGAGCGUCUACAGGAAUCAAGAAAUUCGACAGAAUGGUUAUAUCCCGCAAAACACAAGCUUGAAUCAGACAGCUUCAAGUAUAUCGAGUCCAGGGAACAACGUUCAUGGAAACCUGCCUUCACCUACGAAGAACAAGUACACUGCAAGUAAUGCAGACCCUCCUAGAGGCUACUAUCAUCCAUCUUCUCCGGGUAAUCAGCAACCUAGACAGUACCAGUUUCAAGGAACGAAUCCGUGGGAGCGUGAAGAAAGAGAAAAAGAGCAGUUGAGGAAGAGAGAAGCAGCACGAGCAUGGAGGGAUCAGCAAAUUGCAAAACUGCUGUCACUUGGACCUCAUCGAUCUCAGAGUCAGGAGGAGCAAUUGAAAGCGCUUAAAUUAGAGAAAGAAUUUGAGAGGCGAGCUCAAGAAGAAGAAGAUGAAGAAGAUGAUCAAGAGAGUGCAGAAAGAGCGCAAGGACUUUUACGUCUUGCGCAGCAGCAAGACGAGAAAAGGAACAACACCGCCAACUCUACAAUGAGUGGCCGACUUCAACCUCAGCAAAAUUCAAAUCAUGCUCAUUUGAACGGAACUCUAUCAAGACCGACAAUUUUGCCAAAUUUGCCUGUGCCCCAGUAUAACUACAACGGCUACAGUUCGAAUCAAAACAGUCCUGCAGGAGACAAAGUUCAAACUCCAUCCCAACGUCUUGACAUACUUCAUCUGAGCCCAUCUCAACCACCGCAACCGCCCGAGCGAGGCUCGUCAUUCGCAGUCAUGUCCCAGUCCGUGAGCGCAUUACGGUCGCCCCCCUCUCAGACGCUAAACAAUCCUCACCCUCCUCCAGUUCAAAAUAAUAGGAACGAAACGCCAACCACCAAGAGAGUAUCAUUCCAGGAGACAACAACAACAUUGAGCUCUCCGGCCGAAAGCAUAUCACCACCACCACCACCUCCGAUCUCGGAGAAGGUCCGAGAAGAUCCUAAUCAUUUCAUUGAUGAAGCUGAAACUCUGUUGGCCUCUCCAAAAAGUCCUGAUACUUCCUUUACGGGAUCUACACCAGGUGUUAUUGGAGCGCAGGAAGUUUAUAAAGAUCCACGGCAACGGAGACUAGCAGAACAACAGCAUCAAAAACUGAUGUCAAACCGUACAAGCACGGUUCCAGAGAAACUCAGUUUCAAAGAAAAAAUGAAGAUGUUCGCCAUGGAAACAGGUGAAAACGGAACGCCAAGGGAUAAAGUGAAAAUCUCGAAAGCUCAACGAGAAAUCGACAAUUUAGGCUCUGGACUCACGCCAACCAGCAAUAAUUCAACAACUCCGGUGGCAGCUACGAAUGGUAGUAGCACCUAGUCAAUCAAAAGUGAAUAUGAAUUGUGUCUUAAACUUUUUAUCUGUCCUACAAAUUCACUAGAUUUGCAGAAUCUUCAAAGAGAAAUUUUUCUAGAAUGAGUGAUUUGAGUGAGCUUGACUUCACUUGAACAAAUACUUUUUGACCAAUUAUUUCCUGAAAAGGACGCGAUCAAAAGGAAUUUCAUUUCCCCGAGAUAUUGACUUAUUUUUUAAUAAUUUGUAACCUGUCGACCAAUUUUGUGCCUCUUCUUGCACUCAGUUUGUUGGGAAGAUACUCUCUGAGUUUUGAUGAUUUUAUUUUUCCACUUUUCAUCCUCAAGUUUUGCUUCUCUACCAUUCUUGCCACUGUAACUCUUCAAAAUCGUGUCUGUAAAUGUUAUGUCAUUUUGCUGGUGCUUAGUAAGUACAAAUCUGAUCAGGUACUUAAGAAUAUUGUUUUGAUUAAUUUCUGAUUUCUCGGAACUCAAGGUAGAGGGAACAAAACGAGCCUAGAGAUACAAACGUGUUAACAGUACUCAGGGAAAAAGCCCUGCUUAAUCCUCUAAUUUGUUCUUAUGCGCAAUAGGACUUAAAAACAGUCAAUAUUUUCAUGUUAUUCAUUUUUUUGACUUACCCUAGAACCUCUGACUUACAUUAUGUAUACUUAAAGUGAAAAAAUAUGUUAAAUCUCAACCCUAUGCGUUUAAUCUCACUGUGUGUUGGGUACGAUUUUAUUCCCUGAUCCACAACUUUUCAUAGAGGUCGCUUUUAAAUGUUAUUCUCAACCUCUCAUUCAUUUAUAAUGACCCUCAAUGAUUUCAGUACCCAUUUCUCAAUUUUUCUCUGUUUUAAUUUAGUAGUUCGAAUGAAAUGUCUGGACGAGUCGCUGCACCCUCAGACUUUAAUUAAGCGCAGUUUUUGUCCCUGGUUAAUGUGUUUUGUAGUUUUAUAAGCUUGAUAUUCAAACAGGACCCCUCACUGAGAAAUAAUCAUUUUUACUGUCUGAAUUUCUCUAAUACAGCAUUUUGAGUUUUAUUACCAGUGUAGAUCUAUAAUAUUUACGAUUUUAACUAUAGUUAAUUAAGAAGGAUAAAUCGUGAAUUGCUUGAUUAAACUCUUUGAUUUUCUCGUUGGGAAGCUAAUGUAGCUGACUUUAAUAUUUUAUGCAUAAGUCAAAAUUCCAUUGAGACUGGGGCAGUAAAGGGAAAGAAAAUUCUUAUUAUGAAUUACUUAAUUGCAGGUGUUCCUCUCCUGAAAAAUUCUACCAAAUUUUUAUUGCUAGAAGUAGUAAAGUUCAACCAAAAAAAGAAUAAAAUUAAUCAAUUAGUUCAUGAAUGAUUGAAGGAUUGAACAUAUAUCGAGUUUUUUUCUUUUUUAAUUUUUCCUCUCUUUUUUCCCCAUCAUUUUAUUAAGUUCUGAUACUCAAUUAAAAUAUUAUUGAUUAUUGGCUGAAAUCUAAAUAUUUUACCACCAUGUUUCUCAAUUGUAUUUAAAUUUCAAGAAAGGAAGUUGUUAAAUCUUCAGACAUUAUGGUUUGAGUUAAAUAAUUAUUGCUUUGUGAUAAAUGUCUAAUAUUGUUUGAACUCUGCAAGUUUAUCAAGUUGAUUUUAAGAUAUAUUAUUGAAACGAGCACGUUUUCCUUUAUUUUCAAAGUAAAGUGAUCUAUUUUGUAUAAUAAUGACAUUAGAACUUGAAUUAAAUACCUUCUAUCGUCUUUUUGUUAAGCUACCUAUUUGUUUGCUUUACUCUCUAAAUUUUGUUGAAUAAUUUUUGUAUUAUUGAAUUAUCCCUCUAUCCCUUUUAUUUGUAUGAAUGUAGUUAGUUUUUGCGUUUUAUUGUAGUUUUUCUUUUAAAUUUUAUUUGCAGAAAAAUUAUCCCUUUGCUACUUAAUUUUUAUUUUAUUUUUGAUUAGCCAUCCCCCAUUUACCGUUAUUCAUUUUGUAAAUACGUAUAGUUAUUGAUUACAUAUUUUUACUUUUUCCUUUAAUACUGUUGUAAUUAUUUCUUAAGACCUUUAUUUUUCUAAUCUUUAUUUUUGUAUACUCUAAAUCGUAGUAGGUUGUUCCCACGAGCAAAUUAUUUGACUCAUGUCUCCCAUUGUAAACUUAUUGCCUCGAGUAAUAUAUUUAAUUUUUAUACCAUGUUGUCAAUUAUCCGUUUCUUGUAUAGUAGAUUGGUAAAUUAUUGUAUUUUAUUAUCAAUUUGACCAUAAGGUAGUGAAUCAACUUUUGGCGAUGAAGCUGUCUUUAAUAAUUUUAUACAGGUAAAAUAAGAUAUUUCUGUCGUUAUUCUAUAGUUUCUUUUGAUUUCUUCUCUGCCGUGCUAAGAAAGAACGCUACAUGAACAUUCGAUUCCUGCCGAAUUUUCUUCGAUAAAACAUUUAUUUUUUAGGAAAUUUAUGAUUCUUUCUUCAUGGAUUACCAGAUAAUUUAGAUUUAAUCACGAGCAAAAUCCUCUGAAAAUUUGGAAGCAAAAUGUUCACAAGUUUUCCAGAAAAUUUUUACUGAACCAAAGGAAAUUUGGCGACGUCUGAAUACUUACAGCGUUCUUCCAUAGCAUGGCAGUGCUGAACAUCGUUUUGGAAAACAUGAGCAUGAUAUGUAAUUUAUUAACAUCAAAAAGAGAUACUAUACUAUGGCUCCAUUGUAAAAAUGAAUUUAAUCAGAUUGUAGGGCUCUUGUUGUACUCUUACAAACUCGUGAGUAUGUUUAUUUCUAAGUCACAUUUUUACUCACAGAAAAAGAUGGAUUUUAUCAUUGUUGCUGGUACCUUUUUUUAUUGAUAUCAACACUUGUUGAUUGCGAUUAGUGCUUUUAGAGUAUUUUUAGCUUUUGUAUCUUUUAAAUCGCCUUGCUUAUCUUUUUUUCUUUCUUUUCGACAAUGUCGUUACUCAUGAUCCUUGUUUCAUGGGAUGAAGUUUCGUAAUUGUAUGUGUAAUUGAGUGUAAAUUAAAUUCCAAUAAUUGAACAGUAUUGUAUUUAGUGCCAUUCAGCCAAAUUUGAGAAGCUGCCUCUGUCGUGACGAACAGUGGUGUUUUUGUAAGUAAUUGUUUCUGCAUUGAGUUGUGGUGAGUUUUUAUUCUCAUCAAAUGCCGUCCAAGUAUCUUGAGACUGAAGUGAUCCACUGAAUAUUGCUUAUCAGAGUCGUUUGUUAUUUUAGCUCCUAAUCUGUAAAUUCUCACAAAGUGUAAUUUUUGUUUCAGCAAAGGCAAUAAACUUCGUGGGUACAUCUGAUAGAAGUAUCUUAACUCUGUAAUUGUGUGUAAAAUUUAAGAAAAAAAAUUUAUUGGUUAUUAAUAAACCUUCCAAAAUCUUUUAUUAUUGUGUAAUUAUGUAGUUACAAAUUUAUCAUUGAAAUUAUUCUUACCUAUAAAUAUAUAUUUGUAGUUAACAUUAUUUUUUUCUCUUUCAUAGACUAUUAAACUAUAUAAAGAAUAUUA